AUGCAUGAGAUUGUUACACUCCAGCUUGGCCAACGGGCAAAUUAUCUAGCAACACAUUUUUGGAAUCUCCAGGAGUCAUAUUUUACGUAUAAUGAUAAUGAAGAGUCACCUGUCAAUCAUGACGUCCAUUUUCGUCCUGGAGUAGGAGCUGAUGGAUCUGAGACCUACACUCCUCGAACUGUGAUCUACGACUUGAAAGGUGGAUUUGGCACAUUACGCAAACACAAUGCUCUGUACGAGCUCACCGAAGAUUCUGUGUCAGGCCAAGGGCUAUGGGACGGCAGAGAGGUCAUUCAACAGCAGGCGCGCAUUCCUCUUAGCGACUACCAAAGAAGUCUAGAUCUGGGUACAGCUGCGCCUCGUCUUACUUCAGAAACAGUUCGAUAUUGGUCUGAUUACAAUCGUGUCUUUUAUCAUCCGCGAUCAAUCGUCCAGCUGAAUGACUAUGAGCUCAAUUCCCAAGUUAUGCCUUUUGAGGACUGGAACGUAGGCGAGGACCUAUUCCACGAUCUUGAUAAGGAACAUGACCUUCUAGAUCGCGACGUGAGACCAUUCGCAGAGGAGUGCGAUCAACUCCGCGCACUUCAAAUAUUUGUCUCAUCUGAUGAUGCGUGGGGUGGGUUCGCUGCUCGAUACGUCGAUCGUUUGAGAGACGAAUAUGGCAAGAAGAGCAUUUGGGUGUGGGCUAUUGAAGAUGGUGCCCGGGCACAACGCAAUCAAAAAUAUAAAAAGGACACGAACAAGGCAAGGUCAAUUUAUUCUAUAUCGCCCCAGGCAAAUCUUUAUGUGCCUCUUCUCGACAUCCCGCAGAAUCUACCGCAGUAUUUGAACGUGGAUCGACAUUCAGCAUGGCAACGGUCUGCCCUCCUUAGUUCAGCAGUGGAAUCAAUGUCACUGCCAUCUCGUCUUCGGCCAUACCAUGACUUUGAGGCAUCCCUCGCUGGAGAUGAUGGUGCUCGCAACAUUUAUGAGCUGCAAACAUCGUUCAAUCCCUCCGCACUGGAUGAGGAAUCUUCCCCAAAGCCUCAGCACACAUUCGAUAUCGACUUUAGCUACGAGAAUCUAAGCACAGAGGCCGCGACUAUUUUCAAUCAAGUUCAGAUACACCGCGGCGUCGAGGUCGGGAACAGGGGUGAAGCCUCACAACAAGGAGAUCUUGGAUACCUGCGGAAGCUACGCGCUUUUAACUCCGAGUCCUUGUUGCAAAGCUAUUGCAGCCCCCUACGUCUUCCUGUGCUCGACAGUUUCCCACGUGAGCUGUUCUCGGCGAUUCCGUUCCACGAAGAUGGACUGGGUGUGUCUACUGCAUUGACCGCCUCUACACGCACUGGUGAGCGAAUGAAGGCGCUUCAGGUCACCGCCGCGCGGAUGCUAUCAGUCGAAGAACGAGAAGCGAUGAUUCAUGGACUGGGUGAAAUCCGUGAAAAUUAUGAGACAGGUUGGCAAAGUGGGUCAUCUGAUGAUGAAGAUGACUGA